AUGGCUAAACGUGUGGAGCAAAGUCAUCUAAUAAUGGAUCAGUUUAAGAAACGUGAUAUCACAAAUGAGAAGGUAGAGAAAUUGUAUGGGACGUGGGCAAAGGAUUUCGAAAAGGAUAUGGCAAAUCUUGUAUGCUGCUCACCCCGCAUUAACGCUUCCGAGCUCGACAUACUGCUUAAAGACAAAAAGGAUGCAUUAAUUUUGGACGCAGCCUGCGGAACUGGUUUGGCGGGCUUAGAACUUUUCAGACGUGGUUACCACAACCUCCACGGCCUGGACGGAUCAAGCGAAAUGCUUGAGCAGGCAAAACAGAAAGGCAUCUAUAAGAAAACGAUGUGUUCUAUAAUUGGUUCUCAUAGAUUGGACAUUUCGGAUGACACAUAUGACGCGGUCAUUAUGUCUGGAGCUGUAGGAUGCGGACACGUGCACGGAGGUGGGUUGGCAGAACUGAUACGAAUUGUUAAACCAGGGGGUUUUGUCGUCAUGGACGUACUUUUUGCAUACCUUCAUGGAACCGAGUACGGUGGGAAAAGCUGGGACGAAAUAAUUGACAGUCACAUCAUGGCCGGACGCUGGGUCACGGUGACCAGACGCUUGGUGGAGCAAGUCUUUAACACUCUGGAUGGGAUGCAGUACUGCUUCCAGGGAAGUGCUGCUUCUCAUAUUGGCACAUUCGGUCAUAAUUUUCGAGCAAUGUUAAAAGGCAUUCUUGAUUCAGACACUUUGUUUCAACAAAUCAUCAAAAUUUGGAAAGCAGAUGCAGAAAAGUACCAUGUACACUGACUUCAAAACUUUU